AUGGCAUCCGGUUACGGCCUCCAUGGCGGCCCGUCACGAUGCUUUCCAUUCUGGCAAGAAGUUCUGGCAUGCUAUGCUGUGAAUGCGAAUCCCGACGAUCCGAGCCGAAAAGGGUUGACGAAAUGCCAACUGCCAUUAGAGGACUACUACGAGUGCCUAUAUCACAGGAAGGAGGCGAAACGGGUAUCUGAAUUACAGGCUGCCUACCGGAAGAAGAUCCUCGAGGAUCCGCGAGUGGACGCCCCGACCGAGAAACAGAUACGGCGACUGGGGAUGUUGGAGGCGCCGGAUGAGGAGAAGAACAUCAAACGGCCGAAGUGGUUGCCGCAUGGAAUCAAGGAUCAAGGCAUCGCAUGA